UGAUGCUUCUCAACGCCACCACCAAAGCUCCUGGGCUAUCUUUCUUAUUGCUUCGACAACGCGGUCUGCGCUGAUGGCCUCAGUUGGCGCUUCUGCCGCAUCUUAUCCUCUAUGCAUCAAUUGCUGAAGCGCGCGUGGAAGCCAUGGCCAGCGAUGGCUCCGACGAAUAUGUCUUUGCCAUUCCCAACUUCUGGCAGCCAUCGAAGCUGCUGCUAGACCUGGAGGCAGAGGCGCCCUCGAGCUUUUUCGCCAACGAUCUCACAAACGCCUUGUCAAAGACAGACCCCGACCCCUUCGCGCUCGAUCCCUUAUCACCAACCCAUGAUGGUUUCUUCAAACUGAUGCCGCUGCACGACACCCAUAAAGAGCAUGUUGAGACGGACAGCGAAAAGACUUCAGCCGCAUCACCAGAUUCAGAACCUAUAGGACAACCAGAAAAGCCGCUGGACGAUCCCCCAGCAGCGUUUAGCAGUGACGAUAAUGAAGAUAGCGAAGAGAACGACAUAUGGCUGGAGCCGAGAAUACCUGCCAAGCCGAAACCUCCGCAUAGGACGUGGAAUGGCUUCUUAUCUGGCAAUCCAGCCACAAAAUUCCAGCCCAUGAUGGUCAGCGAGGCCGGUCCCGCUGCCUACGAUGCCCUGCUGCGUUCUCCAAACGACCCGAUGAAGCUCAGGAAUACCGAUACCCCGGUUGUUGAUACGAAAACAUAUUUGUCUUCUUUGCUGGCUUUGGCGCUCGGCGGGGAGUCUGUACUCUUUACCAGAAAGGACGGCACGCAGAGCCUCAGGCCUGCACUGCCCAAAAUGAGAGCCUCAGGAUAUUCUAGCCAUGUCCUCCAGGCACUUGAGAACAAGUGCUUGAGAUGCGGAAACACCUUGAUGGGUCUGCGCGCGUUUGUGGAUUCCGCCUUCUUGGAUCACCCAAGCCGAUGCGGAGUAGCUCUCGCCAGUACUAUCAACCAGGUCCUCCAAGUUGUCCAAGAAUGGGUGGCUUUUCAUGGGCGAAACCCUCGCUCGCUCUUGCAGCUCCAGGCUACCGUUAACUCAGUCGUGGCCAUCCUUCGACCAUUCAAGGCCCUCAUGUCACAUCUGCGCAACGGCAUUACGGACGAGGACAUCUUGAAUCUCGUGUUUCACCAAGCAUACUCUGUUGAUAACAAUGAGGAGUAUCUCCGCCAGAUCAUGCGGGAGGUACUGCGGAGAGUUUCUGGGCCUUGGAUUGAGUUUCUUGAAGAGUGGAUAGGGACAAGGCGCGAGCAAGGGCUGCCAUUUACCAAGUCUAACCUGGGAGAAAGCAAGGGUUUUGUCAAGGUUGAGGCACGAGUCUUUCGGGAUGAUUUCGGUCGAGAGCUCGCAGAGGUUGAUUACGUCUUGGACCCAAGUAAGAUGCCGCCUUUUAUGCCUGAAGAUGUGACAGAGACGAUAUUUGAGACUGGGCGCAACUUGCGAUUCAUCCGGUCGUUUCAUGAAGACCACCCACUGGCUCAACAAGAUGUCAUUGCGUCUAGCGAUCCUCCCCAAGCCAAAUGGCUCUACGACUGGGAUGCUAUACUGCGCCUUGAAAGCCGUGCUGUUGCGUAUCGCGACUCGCUGAUUGAUGCCAUUCGAUCGAGCCGUGAUGGCUACUCUCUGGGCUCUAUGGCGGGAUCCAUUCAUUCGCUGGCUGAUAAACCAGGUUCUAUUCUUUCAUUCUUUGGUUUGGACCAAGUCGGAAUGGAGGAGCGCAUUGCAGCAUCUAUUGAACAGUUUGCUCAGCCAGUAGCCACCCACGAUGCAGGAGACACUCUAAGUAGGAUCGUGCGCGAUCGACUUUCUGGGACACAUAUAUCGACAAUUGAACUCUCAAACUCUACCCCUCACUGGACAUUGCUUCCCGUCCUGUCGUUCGGCGUUAUUGCUUCGGCGCAGGCCCAAGUAGUUAAUAAAGAGACUCUCAAGCUCCUUUUUACUGAACACAACCUACGAGAUCACUUGAGACUACAGCGAGAAUGCCAACUUUUAGGGAAUGGUCUUCUUUGUAGCCGCCUCUCUCACGCUCUGUUUGAUCCUAGUAUGGACACGGCGGAGAGACGUUCAGGGGUCGCGAGGAGGAGCAAUGUCAUGGGCUUGCGAUUAGGAGGACGCGACAACUGGCCCCCAGCAAGUUCAGAGCUGCGACUGGCGCUGAUGGGUAUACUUUCUGAAUGCUACAUCGCUAACCAGAAUGAUGGGAAUUCGGAGAGGAGUGGCCGCCUCUUUGACAAGGCGAAAUCUGGCCUACCGGGUGAUAUGAGCUUUGCUAUAAGGGAUCUAUCCGAAGAAGAAAUCGUCAAAUGCACCAACCCCGACAGCCUUGAAGCCUUGGACUUUCUCCGCCUAUCCUAUACAGCGCCGCCGCAACUAAGCCCUAUUAUCACGCCGAUGAAUUUGCUACAGUACGACGGCAUCUUCAAGUUCCUGUUACGUGUCUUGCGAAUGACCUUUGUUGUUAACCAGCUCUUCCGCGACACAAACAGCCUAGCUCGUGACUGGGAGGAUCCUGGCGAUGCAACGCUGCGAUUCGUAAAAGAAGCCCAACAUUUUGUGGCGAGCGUGUCUACGUAUUUCCUUGAUACAGGCAUCGCUGUUCCCUGGAGGGUGUUCGAGAGGAAGUUGGACCAAAUAGAGGUAGAUCUCCGCCGGCCGACAACGAGCAGUUCAUCAGAGGAUGUCCAGAGCCCGGAUAAAUUGCAAGACUUUCAUUCACUCGUCCUGGAUCGAAUCAUGCUUGCCUUGUUCCUCAGAAAGAGGCAGCAGCCGGUACUGAAGCUUCUGGAGGACAUCUUUAAUACCAUUUUACGAUUUGCAAAGCACGUCAGGCUAAAGUGGCUAAGCAGGCAAGGAGAAGAGACAGAUGCCCAGACAAAGGCAGAGGCAGACCCCUCAACUUUAUACGCAGAGUUUAAGAGGAAAGUGCAAAUUUUCAUUACAGUGUGUCGUAGCCUGUCGGAGAAGGCUCGUCGCACAGAUGGAAAGAGAGGGAGAGAAGAUAGGAUAUUCAAGGAGCAGUACGGGACUGGCGAUGAUAGCAUGGUUGCGCAGCUCUUGGUCAAGCUUGAUAUGUUUGAUUAUUAUCUUAAGCGAUAGAUGGACUACCUAGUUUAUACGGGCGAAUGAGGCGUCAAGCACAUUUAGUGGAAAUUUCGAG